AUGCUGCUUACGAAAGCAAUAAAGCUUGCUAAACCAGUCAGGCUUGUUCUCCUAGGAGCGCCUGGCGCUGGUAAAACCACCCAGUGUGCUCGCAUCAUUGAUACUUUCCUGGGCUUCUCGUCACUUUCGCUGAAACAUAUCUUUAGGACUGAAAUUGAUAGGGGACUGCCUUUUAGUUCGUCUGUGAAGAAACUUAUGGAAAACGGGUCGCUUAUUCCUGACGAUGUGACCAUGUGCUUGGUCCAGAACUACUUGUAUGAACACAAUUGGUUCAAUACGGCUGGCAAUUGGGUGUUGCAUGGGUUGCCAAGGACCAAGGCUCAGGCUGUUUCUUUGGACCGGAUCCUUGACAGUAACAAGAUGGGCGUUACUAUUGCAAUUGAGAUGAAGGUGGACCAGAGCCUUAUUCUUGAUCGGGUUGCGAAAAGAUGGGUUCAUCCGCCUUCUGGCAAAGUCUACAAUUUGGAGUAUGAUCCUCCAGAAGUGCCGUAUAAAGAUGAUGCUACGGGCGAGCCAUUGAUCAGAAGGGACGACGAUAACGCUGUGUUGAUGCAGCUGCGCUUGGACCAGUAUAACGAGGAGAUUGAGGAGAUUCGUCUGUACUACCAGAGAAGAAACGUCUGGCACGAGGUGGAGGGUAAGAGCUCUGAUAUCAUCUUCCCGAAGAUCAAGGAUUUGCUUAUCCGCAAGUUUGGCCAGGCCUAG